UUCAUCGACUUUACAUCUUUUAUACUUUAUACACAAUUACAAGGGAACAGUACAGACCUCUUCCAAACUACCCUCUUCCACCUCACCGAGAAGCUUCGCGCCAACGUGUUUCGCUGCCGAGGCAUUCAUCUCAUCGAUCUCAUCGACACUCCCCGCUCAUCUCUUACCAUCGAAUUAGAGCCACUUCUCACAAGCAUAUGAGCACUCCCACACGGCGAUGACACCGCCGUGCCGUUACUUCCCUGCUUCGCGGCUCGAGUCGGAGAUCCAGGUCAACGACGGCAAAGUGCGCAAAGGCGGCCGGAUCGAUUUGUCUGCCUGCGAGCUCUUCUCGAUAGUCCAGUAUGAGUGCCAGAUCGACCGGCCUAAAAUCGCGGACAGUCCGGUGCGAUGUUGGCCGGUGCAACGGUGGUUCCGGCGAUGUCAGGAUAAGAAAGGAAGUUUUAUGGUUGAGACUACGUUAUGGGAGCGGAAUAGUAAAGCGAAGAGCGAUGGUGGGGUUACUACAGAAAUCAUCCAUACGCAUAACCCGUAACCCGUAACUCAAAUCAAUUGAUCGUUGUUUGUACCUUCCCGUUCGCCAU